AUGGCCGCCCAACAGCUCGUCGUCCACUCGCCCGACUCGAGCAGAGCCGAGGCGCUGUGGACCCUUGAGCACAUCUCCACUUACAAGUCAACAAGCCGCAGCGUCACCUACCCGCGCUCGCUGCCUCCACCAACCUUCCUCCCGCGAGUCGGACGUCUCGCCGCUCCACUUCGCACCGCACACCCGACCCCGAGACCUAGCUAUCCAACCGCGUCCUCGCCCUACCGCCUCGACAUGUCGCGCGCGUACGACACCGACCACGGAGCCGGAGCGGCGAGGGCGCAGGAGGGGCAGCAGGAGCAAGGUCGCGAUGGUGAGGCCGCUGCGGCCGCGGCUCGGGCGAACGCUGCCGCCGAGGCGACCGCCGCUGCCGCCGAGAUGACCGCAGCUGCCGCGGAGGCGACCGCCGCUGCCGCCUAG